GAAAAUGAGGAAGUAGUCCGUCAUUAGUCUGUCAGUGCGUCGGCCCAUGUUGUUUUGUCUGACUGACUCUGCUCACUCACCGACAUGGCUCUUCAUCUCAGAGUUCUUCUCCUCAUCACCGGACUCACAGGAAUUCACAGCAUAACAACAGUCAGUAAAGUGUCAGUGGAGGCCAGAGAUUCAAUCUCCAUCCCAUGUCUCUAUGCCUCACAGUACAUAAACCAUGUGAAAUACUUGUGUAAAGGAUAUUAUUGGUCCUCCUGCUCAUAUGCAGUUAAAACAAACCAACGAAAUUCAGGAAGGUUUUCAAUCUCUGAUGACAAAAGCAGAGGAAUCUUCACUGUGACUAUAAAAGAUGUGACGGAUAAAGACACUGCUGAUUAUUGGUGUGCUGUGGAGAUUGAUGGAGGGUCAGAUGUCGGAGAGAAGUUUCACCUGUCGGUCACCAAAGGUACGCCCAGUCUCUAUGUGGAUCAUCAGGAGAUUACAGGAUUUAAAGGAGAUAAUAUAACCAUCAAUUGUCACUAUCGUUACUCUGGAGAAAUUGCAUGGUGCAGGCUUGGCAGCUCCUGUGUGACGAUGUCAUCUGGAUCAAUAGAUGGAACAAGAGUGACCAGCAAUGCAAGUAUCCCCAAUGUUUUCACUGUGACUAUGAGUGGACUGAGGACAGAGAGCAGCGGCUGGUAUUGGUGCGUUAAGGGAGACUUACAGAUGCCAGUACAUGUGACUGUUAUUGAGCAACCUAUCACUGAUAGAGCACCUACCACAGGUCAGAGUGAGCAGCACAGUGUUUCGGUUGAACUAAAGAGAUUCAUCAUCUCUUUGAGCGUGUUGAUCUUCAUUGUAAUGGUGGCCUUGUUCAUCUGGUUUAUGUUGAAAAGACACAAGCAGACCAAAGCAACAUCAUCUGCCAUGACAGCGGCUGAAGAGGAGGUAACAUACAGUAAUGUUGAGCACAUCAGAAAGACUUCAAGUCAGAAGUCACAUGCUGAGAGUGAUGUGGACGUGACGUAUAGUUCCGUGGUUACCACGAGGCCACAACGUGUACGAAGGGUUGAAGCAAAUGACGAGAAUGUAACAUACAGCACAUUGGCUUAGCACCUCACCCCUGAUUGUUACUCCUUCGCACUACUUUAUCCUCUUCCACAUACUUUUCAAAGAAGAUGUUUGAUUGCCAAGUGUUUCGUAAUACCAUUGACAACAUGAAUCUUGGGUUUAACUGUUUAACUGUAUUAUUUAUUAGGCCUUAAGCUCACAUUAAUACAUAACCUUGACACACAGUGUCGGGGUUUCCAUGUUUCCAAACAUCUUAAAUGUGUAAAGCUCACUCAGUGUACCGUAUCUCAUUAAAAAACAGCCACUUCUUAAAUACAA